UUAAGUAAAUUAUUCUCCAGAAUUUCCCACUUCGAAUUAAAGGACGCAUCGCGCAAAAUCCUGGAAUCGUAUCUUCGAGAUAAAAGGAAACGUCUUAGUACCAAUUUCUUUCUGUGUCUUUCAAGUUUACAAUUUAUUAUUGGUGGUGCACUAAAUAUAUUGACUUACAAUUUUAAAAAUUCAAAUUAGCGUCAAAAUGAUUAUUUUGCUAAUGAUUUUAUUUUAUAAUGCAAUAGUUACAAACCAAGUAGAAAUACUUUUUGAAAAGUCAUCUUGUACGCAAGAUCACAAUAAUUAUAGUGAAGAAUCGUCAUUAUUACUGGACGAAAUGAACCAAGAACUUCUUUAUUUAAGAAGAAUUCAAGCCGAGGUAAAAUGGAAUUUGUCAACAAAAUCAUCAAUUGAAACGGAAAGAAUAAAUUCAAUAAUUUUUGAAUUACACAGUAAUUGGAAAGUAAAAUGGUGCUCGAGAUUUCAGAAUUUCAAAGAAGUAUUUCAAUGCUUUCACAAGAUGAUAACUGAUUUACUUUGCAGAGGACCAAUUUAUACACCUGAUAUUACCAAAAAAUUGUCAGCACUUGAACAAAAACUAUCUUUAACUUACACCAGAACAAAAAUUUGCAGAUUAAAUAAUCUUGAAAAUCUUUGUUUUCAUGGAGAGCCAGAUUUGGAACAGUUAAUGUCUUCCAGCAGAAACGAAACGGAGUUACUUUGGAUUUGGAAAACCUGGCAAAAUGAAAUGGGGCACUUAAAAAAUACAUUUACUGAAUCAGUGAUGCUUCAAAAUUUAGGGGCAAAAAACAAUGGUUACCACGAUAUUGGGGAAUACUUGAGAGAAGAAUUCCAAGUUUCAGAUUUAAAGAAACUAAUCUCUAAAUUGUAUUUUGAAAUUCGUCCAUUAUACAAACUUCUUCAUGCCUUUGUGCGUUACAAACUUGUACAAUUUUAUCCGGAAAUUCUUUAUCCCAAGCGACCAAUAUUUUCUCAUCUAUUAGGAAAUUUAUGGUCCCAAAAUUGGAGUCCACUAUUAACCCGUCUUCUGGAAAAUGGUCAGCUUUUCAAUAUAAGUAACCAAAUGUCGAGAAGAAAUUACACUGUUCAUGAAAUGGUAAAAAAGGCUGAAGAUUAUUAUCUGUCUUUAGGUUUUCCAAAAUUAUCAGAAACAUUUUGGAAAAAGUCAAUUUUCGAAAGGAAUAAUAAAAGCAUGGAUUGCCACCCUACAGCUGCAAAUAUGUACACCAACAACGAUUUUAGAAUGUUGGCGUGUUUACAAGUUAAUCUGGAAGACUUUGAAGUGAUUAUUCACGAAAUGGGACACAUUCAAUAUUACAUGGCCUACGAAGAUCAGCCAACAAUCUUCAGGGACGCUCCAAAUUCAGCAUUUCAUGAAGCAAUCGGUGAUACCAUUCUGCUUGGAAUGAUGGCACCUCAAAAUUUACAAAGACUGGGACUUGUCGAAGAUUCUCUACUAAUUGAUAACAUUCCGAUUUUGUUGAAGCAGGCACUUUUUAAGCUUCCUGUAUUGGUUCAUAGUUUAAUAAUGGAUUUUUGGAGGUGGGAAGUUUUUUCUGGUAAAAUAAAACCUUCGAACUAUAAUCGAUCCUGGUGGACAUUGUACACAAAAUACAUGGGAAUUGAACCACCGACACGUCGAUCAGAAAUUUAUUUCGAUCCCGCUGCGGUGUUUCACAUCACAGAAAACGUCCCUUCAAUCAGGUAUUUUCUAUCGACAAUUUUGCAAUUUCAAUUUUUCGAAAGCAUUUGCCGAGCGUCAGUCACUGGUAAAAUCGAGAGGACGAAUUUUCAAAUUCCGCUCCAUCAGUGCGAUAUUUACGGUUCAGAAGAGGCAGGAAAAAUUUUGAGAUCUUUUAUGCAACUCGGAAGCACUAUAAAUUGGAAAGACGCUCUUUAUCAAUCGACAGGCUCAACAAAUUACGAAGCUAAAUUUCUUUUAAACUACUUCAAACCUCUACGUGAAUGGCUGCAAAUGCAAAUUGACCGUCACAAUAUUCCAGUUGGAUGGGAUUGAAUUUGUUUCCCAAAAACAAAAAGU